AUGUCAAAUGCCAACAAUACUAUUAAUCACGCAACCACCACAACCUCACCACACCCACGAGGAGCCGACAUCUGGGUGGCAGCAUUAUUCGUCGGCACAGCGUUAACACUAACACUACACUCCACAUUCAGAAUGCUCCUCUUUCGCAUGACGGCUAUGAAAUUGUCUCUCAUAAUCGUGUGUAAUGUGUUUUUAUUGUUAAUUGAGGUGAAUACGCUGCUGCAGGUUUAUUCGAUAGCUUUACGUGUGCAUAAUAAUGCAAGCGUUGUUUUAAUGCUAAAAAUGGUGAAUGAUUUAUUUUUGAUAUUUGUGGAGCCGAGUAUUUUGUAUUUAGCUUAUCAGCGCUGUAAACAAGAAUAUCAAGCAUACACCAAACACAAAAAAGCACACUACGCUCUUUUCGCAUUCCGUGGUCUAACACUAAUUUUAUUAUUUCUCAGCGAUCUACUAAGCGUGAGAAUCACUACCACCCAAAUACCCUCAUUCCUCGCAAAAACAGAACAAAUGUUUGCGCCAAUCCCAAAAAUCUAUUACAUCGCAUCCGAAAUAAUUUUCCUACGAAUUCUCCUCGGGCGUAACAAUGAAUUCGCGAACAAAAAAGGAUACCAACUUAUAAAAAUUCAUUGUAGCACACAAGCGAUCUUUUUCAGAUUUGACAUAUUUUUCUUGUCAACUACGUUGAUUUAUCGCGUGGUUUAUUUGUUAGUUUCGUCGACAGCUACUAUUCCUACUUUUUAUUAUGCAGAUAUUUUAAGUAUCGCGUUUACGUUGUUUAUAAUUACUGAAUUUGGGUUGCUUAUUCCACAACUGAAACAGAAUAUUAGAAAGAGUGCUUACAUUAGUAAUAAUAGAAACAGUAUAAAUAGUCGUGAUUCUAAAAGAUAG